AUGUAUUAAACUGUAUAGGCGAAAUCAACCGAAUAAGAAUUGUUCACGGUGAACGGCUAUACAGUAAAUAUCUAUGCCAAUUUAAAUCUAAAACUCGUUAAUAUAAUUAGUGGUCAAGAGGAAAAUUGUUUUUAUUCGUUACACAGUGACAGAUGAAAGUAAACUGUGGCAAACUUGAAAUAACCGUUAAUAGUUUGAAGUCAGGUGUAAAAUGUUGUACUCAUAAGUGAUUGCAAAGUGGGCUGUGGUUCCCUUACUGUGAUAUUGAUUCCAACAAUUUGAUAUAAAAAUAAAUACGUUAAUAGUCUGAAGUCUGUGGUCGAGAGAAAAUUGUUGUAACCACAAUAAUGUGGGUGAAAAAAGUGGGCUGCGGAUCCCUGUGAUAUUUAUCCAAAGUUGGAUAUAAAAACCGUUAAUAGUUAUAUUUCAGCAACCAAGAAAAGAAAUGUGAAUGAAAAAUAGGCCGUGGCUCGUUCGUUCGUUCCGGGGGUUUUACGCCCACUUCCACCUAAGGUGAUAUCGCAGACAAGAGGCCGUGGCUCGAUUCUUUAUGCCGAUUUGGAUGUCAAUUAAAACAUGUUAAUAUUCUGAAAUCAGUGGACAAGAAUGAAAUGUUUUACGCGCAAGGGAAUUAAAAGUAAACUGUGGCUCUCUUACUGUGAUAUUUAUGCCAACUAUAAAAUAUAAAAACCGUUAAUAGUCUUAAAUAAGUGGACAACAGUAAAAUUGCAUUUACUCAUAAGUAAAAUCUUUCCAGAAGUAAUAUUGGAUUUUUUUUAAAAAAAUCCUAAGUGAGCGAAAAUUAUGCCGUGUUUCUAUACAGCACUAUAAAAUACCCUUCAGAUAAAUACGUGAGGAGAAGAACAUAAAUAUAUUAGUAGUUGUUUUCCAUAUAGUUUAUUACUACAUGUAUAUGCACGUUACUAAAUGCCUCUAAAAUAUUAUAAAUAUUUUACUGGGAAGUAAAACGAUACUAUGAAUACAUUAGAUAAAAUAUCGCGUGUAAAAGUGAAUGCAAAAUCAGAUAUAGCCGAGGGAUAAAGACUGCACUGUGGAUAGAUUCGACAUGGCGGAUGAAAGUCAACAUACGUAUCGUCCAUUUUAUUACGAGAAAAAGAAGAAAGUGGGAAAUUAUAUUUUAGAAGAUCCUUUAGCCGAGGGAGCGUUUGGUCGUGUUCGAUAUGCUACUCAUAUUUUCACAAAUCAGAAGGUAGCAGUAAAGAUAUUAACUAAACGAACUUUAGUGAAAACUGAAAUAGCCAGACGAUCUUUACGAAGAGAAGGCCAUGUUUUACAAAGAUUGGACCACCCAAAUAUCAUCAAACUUUAUGAAGCUAUGGAAACCAGAAACUGUUAUUAUUUAGUUUUCGAACUCGCAGACGGAAGAUCAUUUCUAGAUUUUCUCAUCAAAAAACGAUGUUUGUUAGAAAAUGAGGCUAGAAUGUUUACACGUGAGAUUGUUUCAGCAGUUGAUCAUAUACAUGUAUCAGGUAUAAUACACAGAGAUUUAAGAUUGGAGAAUUUGUUGUUGGAUGCUAAUGGCCGGAUUAAAAUCACAGGAUUUGGAAUAGCCGUAUUAGAGAAUGAAAUGCCGUCUCCUAACAACCGAUGUGGAUCACCCGCCUAUGCCGCACCGGAAGUGUUUAGUAACCGGAAAUACGGUCCAGGAGUUGAUAUAUGGAGCGUUGGUGUGUGCCUUUUCGCCAUGUUGAUUGGCCACCUGCCGUUUCUUCCCGCCAGAAUUGCACGUAUCCCAGAAAUGCACAGUCUCGUGCUUAAAGGCGUCGUCGUACCCACAUUCUUGUCAAAAGAUUGUUAUGAUCUAAUAACCAGAAUGAUGAAACCGUUGCAAAGUGAACGAAUUACCAUGGCGGAAAUAUUACGUCAUAAAUGGUUGGUAAAGAGUCACGAGCAGCAUGUUCCACAACAACCACAGAUAUCUAAAUUGGCGCCAACAGUUAUAGAUUCUCGUCUGGUGAACUAUAUGUCGUACAUGCACGGCUAUAAACCAGCCGAUAUUUCACACUCUAUUCAUGAACGACAAGUCAACCAAAUCAGCGCCGCAUAUCUUUUAUAUAUUAAGAGCAUUCACAAUGGAUUUCAUAUCCCCGAAGUUUCAGAACUCUUGCUAUCGCGCCAUGAUACAUCGGAAGAGUUUUUGCAUUCUACCCAAACACAGAUUGUUUAUGAGUAUAUUGAAAACCUUUUGGCGGAAGCCGAGUCACCACGAAUUGAUGACGUGGUUUUAUCUCCAACGCACAGCCUACCACUGUUUAAAUCGUGUAUUACGUGCCUAGCACAGACGCGGUGUAAUGUUCAUGGGCCGGAUGAUGUCAAUCAUACACCGAUCGGACCUCGGAGGAAGCAUAGUAACCACCAUGAUCAAAAUAACAUCAGUGAGCAACAUCAUACUUUUGACCCAAUUCCAGAGUAUGUUAAGAAUUACCUGAUUAAUUCGGAAAUAGAAAACAUUAAUGAUUUAAAGGAAAUUCACCCAGAAAUGUUUCAGGGUGGUGAUAAUUUCAGACUUCCGGAAAUACAUAAGGAUGAACCCCAGAGUCAACAUAACGCCAGCGGUGGUCCUUCUAAUAAGUGCCACGCUGAAUCGAGUGUUACUCUUCCAGAAAUAAAGCAAGAUAGCUCAAAUCGUUCUACUGCUGCACAACCUCGGUCUAAUCAAUCUUAUUCGAGACGCAUCAAGACACGUUCAAACGCAAAUGAAGCUUAUCGUGUUACUGAUACAGUGGACGUUAAUUUUAGAGAUACUUUAAGUAGGCCUUCGCAUGAAAUUGGACGUGGCGAUAUAAUGGUAACGAACGAGCCGCGUGAGGAACGCAUAGAGAACAGUUCAGUCAAAAUACUAGUUAAUGACAACGAAGAAAUACUCAAAAGACAACAGGCAUCUGAAAUUCCAAUAUAUCUCAUGGCUAAACAGCUUGCACAGGAAAUCGUUACUGCUGCAUUAAAUGAAGUGUCGCGUGAUCUUGCUCAAGAGAAACACGAAAAAGACUCUUCAGGAAAAGAAACCGGUACUGAUGUUGCUAAAAAAGCCGAUGGUGUUGUACCAGAUGCAAAUCCUAUGCCUCUCUCAACAGCUCCAACCGAGGUUAUCCACUAUAAUUCCCCGGAGCUGACCCUUCGAUUUCCAACGGGUGACUUGAAACCCACAGAAGGACCACCAGAAGAACAGGAAUCCGGAAAUCGAGCUUCGGAUGAGACCAGUGAUGCACCAAAUGCUGAAGGGUUGCGCGACCCCUAUGCUGAAGAAAUUUGGAUAGCAAUGUAUCCUAGAACCAACAAAAUCAACGCACCUAUCAAUAUAUCACCACGUGUACCUAUAUCAUUUAACGCUCCUCUUUCUUAUAGAAAACCUUUAACUAGCAGAAGAACUUCACCAAAUAACACCUCCAUCGCCAUCUUGCGUAAAAUGGCGUGUAGUAACCUUGGUAACAACAGUAACAAUAGUAGUAAGUAUAGAUAGAUCUACCGGUAACAAUUAACAUUAUCCCGCAAGAUGAUUCCUUCAAAUUUGGGCCACUGAUGGUCUAUUUAGUAAGUAUAACGCCCGUAGGAUAACCUGUAUAACAGUAGCAUGUAUAUUAUUGUAUAACCAAUCGUUAAGAUAACAAAUGUCAACAAUAAUCUUAAUAUGUAACACUCUUAGCCGAAGGCUCACAUUUAGUCCGUAGGUUAACUCACAAAGCCGAUAAGAGACACCAAAAUAACAUUGGAUUCAUUCCACUAUACACUUUAUGACCACAGCUUGAACCGCAUUAAAAAGCACAAUUUUGUGUUUUAAGAAACGAUAUGAUGAUUAUAACACGGUUUGCUCUAAUACAAUCGAUGCUAUAGAGAUUGGAUAACCGGAUAUGACGACGGUAAAGAGGAUAUAGUUAUACGUAUAGAGAUUUAAAAUCGAGGACUAUUUUAGACAGGACAGGGCGAAUGCCCCACUGCUGAAAAAAUUGUUCCACUGAUUUGUCAAUUAAGAAAAAUUUUAAAUACUAUUAUAGAGAUAGAAAGAGGGAUAUUGCGGUAAACAUCAUACCUAUAACAACCAAGCACAUGGCACCCACGUCCCAAAAACUCCUCUAGUGUAUGCCGAAAUUUACAAAAUUUCUGGCACCCAGGGGGUGAUAACCUUUACGGGCCUUCUGCCCCCUCCCCUCCCUCCAACCACCUGAUUUUAGAUAAAGUAUCUAGGACAAUUUUCGUUCGUAUAAUCUUAAUAUAGUAGAAACUAAUUCUAAUAUAUCUAAUUUUUUAGUAGAUUUUGUAGCAAAACUUGAAAAGAAUAACAGAAUUAUCUCCCCAUAUGUGCCUAAAUCACCUGGUCAUGCCAAUGCCUCAACGCAGCCGACCUCAAGAUAUGAAGUUUGUACCGAAGAUGUUAUCAAAGUUACCAUUAAAUCAGCGAAAUCGCAUGAACUGGACUGACAAUAAAACAUUUAUUUGAGCUGUGAAAUGCUAACUGUGAUAUAAUAAAUAGCGAUUAUUUGUAA